UUGCCUAAGAGGAAGUCCGACCCUGUUAGAUGUAGCUCAAUGUAUGCAAGUUUUCCGAAAGCCUUUUCACCUAAUCAGUGAAAUGUUUCACUCAACUUCCGUAUAUCUAACUUGCCUGAACUUCCGUAUCGAGCAAAGCGGCGAUAGCAGCGGCAAUGCAACCAAUUCCCGACGAUUUAACGACACUCAUUUCAGACCUAGAGUUUUUCCUCUCCGAUGGUCUGAAAGGAGAAAAUUUAAGCAAGAAGGCAAAAGAGAAAAGAGAUGCCUUCCUCAAACGGAUCAAGGAGAUCAGAGCAAGUUAUCCUCAGGAUUUUAUUGAAAAACGGGAUGCUGAGGACUCUGAUGAGGUAGAUGACACAGACAGCUUCAACGACGGAGGAUCUCUGCACUCAGAGCGCGCCGACAAGGAUGAUGAGGCGGGCCUUGAUGGUGCUCAGCAGUCCCCUCCGGUCGCCGCCCAGGACCUUCCGUCCGUCUUCAAGGCGGGAUACCUGGAGAAGCGUAGGAAAGAUCACAGCUUCUUUGGCACGGAGUGGCAGAAGAGAUGGUGUGCCCUUAGUUACCGCACGUUCUACUACUAUGGGAGUGACAAAGAUAAGCAGCAGAAGGGUGAGUUCUGCAUCGAUGGCUACGCCGUGAAGAUAAACAAGGCGCUACGGAAGGACGCCAAGAAGGACUGCUGCUUCCAGAUCUCCGCCCCCGACAGGCGCGUCUACCAGUUCUGCGCCGCGACCCAGAAGGACGCGGAAGAAUGGGUCGAGCAGAUCCAGUUCGUGCUGAGGGAUAUUGAAUCGGGGAUCAUCCCAGAGGAUGACGAGGAGCAGCAGACGUACGACGACGUCGCAAACACUGCCCCCGCUGCGUCUGAGCCGAUUGACGAGGACAUCUACGAGGAGCUCCCCGAUGAAGAGGUCCCUCAUCCUCCGAAGGCCAAGGUGGAGAUCCUGAGCAAACCAGCACCCCCUGCUGCACCUGCACCUGCUGCACCGGUUCCCCCAGUGAAUAAGAGCACAGAUUAUAAGAACUACUUCCAGGGCAAGUGGGACUGCUCUGCGGACCAUCCAGACGAGCUCUCCUUCAAGCGCGGCGACGCAAUCUAUAUCCUGAGCAAGGAGUAUGAGAACUUCGGCUGGUGGGUCGGCGAGCUGAAGGGCUCCAUCGGCAUCGUGCCCAAAGAUUACCUCAUGGAGCUGUACGCUAUAUGAGGCACUGAGGUCUUCAUGAAGCCCCGCCCCUCUGCAGCAUGGAGUGAUGUGAACUGGGCCUCCUGUGCGAUUCCUUCAUGGCGUUCGCUUGCACAUCAGGAUGUUUGAAAUCAGUUACCCUGCUUUAAAAAAAAAAAAAAAGGAAAAAAGAGAGAACCUGCAUUGGUUUGUGCCUUAACUGCGGGCAGAAAACAAACCAACCUGUACAAAGUUAUUUAUAUAAACCAAAGGAAAGCAAGAGUAUAUCACUGCAUAUUCCCAGAUUUGGUUUAAUGAUAUCUGCUCUGUCCAAAAUACUGAAACUGCGUGGAGAAUCUGUGUGAAGCAGUUUGCUACUUGGUAAUAGCUAUUAGCACACUUCUUUUCCGCUCCCCCACUUAAUAUGGUGCCUACAGUCUGAGUGUUGGCCCUUGUAAUCACCACGAGCUCCGUGUGUUUCUGUAAGGCAGCUUUGCUGUUGACCUGAAAGCAAUAACUACUAGCUUGAAUAAAAGAGUGAACGUUA